AUGGCGAUACUGUAUUGCUGCGCUGCAAUAGUUGCAGUAUUGCUGAUUUCGGUGGUGGUCCAAUCCAUUCUCCGCAAGCUCCGCCGUUUCCCACCAAGGCCUUUCCCCACCCUCCCUCUUGUCGGCCACCGUCACCUCUUCCGACAACCCCUCCACCGGAGCUUAGCUGAUCUCUCCGCCCGCGAUGGCCCAAUUCUCCUUCUCCAGUUCCUAUCACGGACGGUCCUCUUGGUGUCUUCCCCUUCAGCGGCCGAAGAAUGCUUCACCAAGAGCAACGUCAUAUUCGCCAACCGCCCUCAGCUCCUGGCCGGGAAGCUCUUGGGUAACAACUGGCGGAACCUCCGCCCGAUCCCCGCCCUUGAAAUCUUCGCGGCCCCCAACCUCCGGACCGUCUUCAGCAUACUCGCCGAUGAAGUGUGGUUAAUGCUCCAGCGGCUCCGCUUGAACCCUCCGAUCCAGGCGGUGAAUAUGAAAACUGUGUUCUACGAGUUGAUGAUUAACGUAAUGACCAGUAUAAUAGCCGGAAAGAGGUAUUACGACGAAAACACGGCGGAGGAGGAGGAGGCGAAGCGGUUCCGGAAGAUGGCGGGGGACAUGUUCGGAAUAGGCGGCGCGUCGAGCGUGGCGCCGGUGCUGAGCUGGGUUGCACCGAAGAGGUCGCAGGCGAAGAGAGAUGGGUUUAUGCAGGAACUGAUAGAAGACCACAGAAGACGAAUGGCCGCCGGCAAUGGCGGGGACUCAGAGGCGGACGGAAGGAAGACGCUGGUGGAGUUAUUGCUGUCACUGCAACGACUGAAUCCCACAUGUUACACGGAUGAAGUGAUUAGAGGCAUGAUGACUGUUGUAUUAGCUACUGAAACCGAUACUACAGCUGGGAUCAUGGAGUGGGGGCUUUCACUUCUUCUGAACAAUCCGGAGUCUUUACGGAAGGCACAGUCCGAAAUCGAUACAUUCGUGGGUCAUGACAGUCUGAUUUGCGAAUCGGACGUGGCAGGUCUGCCCUAUCUCCGCUGCAUCAUAAACGAGACAAUGCGGAUGCACCCAGCGAGUCCGCUCCUCGUGCCUAACGAUUCCUGCGACGACUGCACCAUAGGAGGCUACAACAUCCCACGGGGCACCAUGCUACUGGUGAACAUGUGGGCCGUACAAAACGACCCGAGGAUCUGGGCGGAGCCCGAGAAGUUUAUGCCGCAGAGAUUCGAAGGGCCGGAGAGAGCAGAAUCCGGGGACGGGUUGAAGUUGAUGCCAUUUGGGUCAGGCAGAAGGUGCUGCCCCGGGGAAGGCUUGGCUCGGCGGAUGGUCGGCUUGGCAUUGGGAUCGCUGAUUCAGUGCUUUGACUGGGAAAGGGCGAGCCAGGAAAUGGUUGAUAUGAGUGAAGCCACAGGAGUGACUGGACUCGGCUUGACCAGGUCUCGGCCGUUGAUGGCUAAGUGCAAGCCUCGUGCCAUACUGGCCAAUCUCCUCUCACCAGUUCCCCUCAGUUCAGCUGUUUUGGAGUAG